CGCUUUCGGCAAGCAAGCUGGGCUUAUCGGGCCAAAAACUGACACCCUUUUAGCUGCGAUAUGCAUGCACUUGGAAAAAAAUAUAUGGACGAGUUUGCAUUACGUGUGGAAAAUUAGUGUGAUAAAAAUUUAAACCAGGGAAAACCGUUGGCAGCGAGCCUUCUCAGUGAAAGUGGCGAGCGUAUGUCUGUGUGUUGGUUGGCCUCUCGGUGGCUUAUAAGUGGAGCACACUCGCUGCUGUGAACUAUUUUCGUUUUCUCCUAGUUUUCUCUGAUGCAUUUGAACCGUCAGAUGCAUUUCUCGGUGUCCGUAUCAGUUCAUUGAAAAAUCAAUAAAAUCAUCAUAUACACGCAUACGCCGCACAUGCUGGACGGGGUGCAUUGGGCGAUGCUGACGAAGGAAUAGCAAAAAACAGUAAGAAAAAAGAAGUUUGUUUUCAUCGCAUGAGGUGAUAAUCUUGAUAACAAACAAGCAGGGGCACGAACAUCUCUGCGCCCUGCGCGCCUGGAUAUUUUUCCAAACCAUCGAACCGCAGCGACCAGCUGAACAGGUCAAACCACACCUCCUCACAGACCACAGGCAGAGUUAAUCGAAGCGUACCAUUCGAGCGUCAAAGCUAGAAGAAGCAAAACGAACGAUUCCGUAUCCUUCGUACUAUAGUGAGUGUGUAAAGGCUUUGCUACAAUGAAACCGUAUGAUAAUGGCACCUUUGCUUCCCGACACAUUGUGUCCGAAUGGGAGGACAACGUGAUGUUCGAUGCGGACGAUCCCGACUUUUCCGUCGGUGGUGGUGGCGUUGGUCCACCAACCGCGAAUAUGCUGAUGCGCUCAACGGCCGGAUCGCAACAGAUUGCGCGGCAAUUGGCAGCCUCGAAUCUAACUCGCUCAGUUACGACCUACUACGGGCUAAACUCGACCUCGAUUGUGUCGAAUUUAAACCAGCUAAUGAAGGUAUCUUCAAGUACAAAGCUAUCAGCAAUCAGUAACAGCAGCAUGUCGGUGGCCAGCGUACAAGCACCCCAUCUGGCGGAUUUGUGCAGCUCUCUAAGUCGUACUAGUUUAAGUAUGUCGUCGUCGCUGUCGGAUCUGGUCGGCAGCCCGUCGCUCGGUGCCGUGUUCGAUUUCCACUCGUCGGACGCGGUGCUGACGAUCGAGGAGCUGCGGGAGCAGCUCGGCUCGUGCUACACUUGCGGCGUGUCCUGGACCGAGGAUCAGGUGUCGCUCGAUUGCACGGAGUGCGGCGGUUACAGCCUAGAGCGACCGUGCCUCAUCUGCGAAGGUAUCUGCGGUCAACUGUGGAAGCGUGAUUUUACCAUGAGCCAUGCUUGCGGUAAAUCACGCUGGCAGGGUGUGUGCACCAAGUUCCCGGCACAGAUGAUUCAGUUGCAGUCAUCCGCACCGCUGAGCAGUUGCGCCAGCUUCGGCAGCCACCACCAGCUUACAGGUUGUGCCGCUGCGGCGGCAGCCAACAAUGGUGCAAGCACUGCAAGUCAGCAGCAUUUCCUGCAGCAAGAACUGUGCGCCCGGCUCGAGAAGCUUUCCGCUAAUGCGCAUUCGUAGAGCGUCUGCUGCGCAAUCCAUCACCGACGCAACGGUUCCGGGUGUAGGUUUUUUUUUUAAGUUUACGUAGAGGAUGUGGAAGAAGACGAGCACCAACUGCUGCAUGAGAUAUCAGGCCUCAGGCGGUAGUAACCUAUAUGCAUGCGGUCUCGUCGCACAACCCAAUUAGGAAGCGUGGUGUUUCCAGCAUAACGGGGGAAGAGAUGGAGUGUUUUAUCUGCUUACUGGGCAUAUGAGUUCCUACUGAUAUUGAGUAUCAACCGGCAGGAGCAGGGAGUAAAACCUCUCUCAAAGACGCGCUAUAGAGUCUACAUGAUUAUGAUAGCAUUUGAUACGUAUACCGUAUCCUUCUUGCUUUUGAGCGAUUUUCUCUUUUUCUUCCGGCCGAAUAUUACAAUCGGACGUUUAAGAUUUCACAGCAGAUAGCAGACUAUUUUCCCCGAAUAUACAGGGCAUCAGGUGUAGUACAGGAUUUCAAAAUUAGUACAAUCUUAGUGUCCCCCAUCUUUUUAAACCAUGUGAUAGAUCCAUUCGCUCAAAAUCGACCAUUGAAGUCCGAAGUCCGUAGCAAAACAAUAUCAAGAGAGAUGAUCAGAUCAGAUCGUCUAUCAACACACAGCAACAAUGUGUCGUACGUUAUUUAGCUUAAUGAGAGGAGUAUGUUUUUCUGUGAAAAACAUGACAUUUAUUAAAAUUUCGCGUAGGAUAGGGGAAGCAGAACAAUAGUGGGUAAGGUAUGCAAUUUAGAAGAUGGCAAAAGGUGUGCAUAAAACUCUGAGGCAACUCUGAGCAACAUUAUAUUAUUAAAAAAAAAAGAAAACACAUGUGAAAAGAGUCAACAAUAUUCGUUAGAAUUGUUCUUUUCACUGCAAAAUUUUGAUAUUAUAUCCCUUGCACGUUGGGUUACCGUGAUAUGCCACCGUCUACUAAGGCCACCAAACCAGAAGCUGGAGUAUGCUAAUAAGAGCAUAGAUUUUGUUUUUUAUUUGCAGCUUAUUGUCUAUUUACAUCGUUUUAUGCUAGUAGCUUAACUAGGCGUAAGGUGUUCUUUAGUCGGAUAAAACCAUAUUCGUAUGAAUGAUAUAAAUUGUUUUGUGUUUCUUUGUGGUUUGAUGAGAAGGAGUUAUGUUGAUAUCGAAAAUCACAAACAAUAAAAGGAAAACAAGCUAUGUAAAACAAAA